UAGCGCGGGGGGAGCCCCAGGCCGACGCAGGGUUUUACUGUAGUGUAGUGAGCAAGCGGAUAGGCAGGCGGGUGGCUACUACCCGGAGAGGGGGCCGGGCCGGAUCAGCCGGCGCUGGGGCCCCAUGGCAGCGCCGGCCUGACCCAACGCGCUAGUCCCGCUCGCGCUUCGUGGGAGGCAGCGGCGGUACCAUGCUCCCCAGCCAGGCCGGGGCCGGGAACGGCGCUGCUGCCCUGCCUCGGAGCUCAGUGAUGGGCAUGGCGCGGACAUCCUCCGGCCGGCCCGGCCCCGGGAUUCCUCGUGGAGCCAACGGCGGCGGCGGCGCAGGAAUCCGGGGCCCCGGCAAUGGGACAGGCCCGCCUAGUGGGCAGGGGCCGGUCGGGGGUCGCUUCGAGCGGGACCGGGACCCGGGGGUGGUGGCGGCGGCUGCAGUGGCCAGCGGGAGCGAAGGAGAUUCGGACUCGGGCGAAGAGGAGGAGCUGGUCGGCGAUCGGCGCGGCGUGAAGCGGACUUUGGGCGACAUGGAACUCGGGGUGGUGGUGGGGGCGGAGGCGGCGGCAGCGGGUGCGGUGGGAUGCUACGGCGGGGUGAGCGGAGCCGUGAGCGGCGCCAAGCCCGGGAAGAAGACCCGCGGCCGCGUCAAGAUCAAGAUGGAAUUUAUCGACAACAAACUACGGCGCUACACCACGUUUAGCAAGAGGAAGACGGGCAUCAUGAAGAAGGCCUAUGAACUUUCCACCCUAACGGGCACUCAGGUGUUGCUGCUGGUGGCCAGUGAAACAGGCCAUGUCUACACAUUUGCCACACGGAAGCUGCAGCCCAUGAUCACAAGUGAGACAGGGAAAGCGCUGAUCCAGACAUGCUUGAACUCACCUGACUCUCCUCCUCGGUCAGACCCAACCACUGACCAGCGCAUGAGCGCUACGGGCUUUGAGGAGACAGACCUCACUUAUCAGGUGUCUGAAUCGGACAGCAGCGGAGAAACAAAGGACACCUUGAAGCCUGCCUUCACAGUCACCAACCUGCCAGGGACAACGUCAACCAUCCAGACAGCACCCACCACCUCCACUUCCAUGCAGGUCAGCAGCGGUCCCUCGUUCCCCAUCACCAACUACCUAGCACCAGUGUCUGCCAGUGUCAGCCCCAACGCAGUCACCAGUGCCAACGGGACAGUGCUGAAAACCACUGGAACCAGCGCAGUAGCUUCUGGAGGGCUAAUGCAGAUACCCACUGGCUUUACGCUCAUGUCAGGGAGUACUGUGGCUCAGCAAGUUCCUGUGCAAACCAUCCAGCUGCAUCAGGCCCCCCAGCAGACGUCUCCCACAACUGAUAGCAGCACUGACCUCACUCAGACUUCUUCCAGCGGGACAGUGACCCUGCCAGCAACUAUCAUGACUUCAUCGGUGCCAACCACAGUGGGAGGCCACAUGAUGUACCCCCCUCACACAGUGAUGUAUACUCCUACAUCAGGCCUCACGGAUGCUGGACUUGCUGUUCUCAACGCCUUCUCUCAGGGGCCAUCAGCAAUGCAGGUUUCACAUGGGCAGGUCCAGGAGCAGGGUGGAGUCCCUCAGGUGUUCUUGACAGCCCCAUCAGGGACAGUUCAGAUCCCAGUCUCAGCUGUCCAGCUUCAUCAGAUGGCUGUGAUUGGGCAGCAAUCCAGCAGCAGCACCAACUUGACGGAGCUGCAGGUGGUCAACUUGGAUACAUCACAUAGUUCCAAGAGUGACUGAAGACCUCUGAGGACCUGGGAGGGGCUGGGGGAGGAGCAUGUGUACCUGGCACCCACACCUGCAGCAUCAGCUACCAGCUUCGUGCUGUGUACAGCCCCAGAAUCAAGUAUGCUCCUGAAGCUGCACCCCCGGCACCAGGAUUUUGGCGGUCCCUAUUUUUGUGCGGAAUCCGUCACUUAUUUAUUGUUGCCUUUUUCACGUUUUCUUCUCUCACACUUUACAUACACGCACAGACAUAAACACACACAAACACGCAUAUUAAUGUCGCUGCAAGGUCAGAAGGAGGGAACUAAGCACGGGCUACGAGGGGGGUGGCUUUGUUGUGUUUCAACGCUGCAUUUACUGUUGUCUUUUCUCCCUGACUCCCCGCCUCCCCCAGCCAAAGAACCUGUGUCUCACAGGUGGGAGAGUUUGCGCUGCCAUGUAUAUAAGCCUCCUUCUGUUUUUCCGUUACUGGAGUGAGAGUGUAUUCUGUCACUCCCCCUUCCGUCCCCACCACUGAAUGAACUUCCCUUCCUGGUGUCUUGUCACCAGGCACAGCAAUAGGGGCUGUGGAGGAGAAGAUGGAACAGAGAAGGGCUUGAAAGCAUCAAAGGAAGCCUUUCUUGUCAGAGUCAGGCAUCUCUCUUUUUAAACACCAUGCUGGGGCAAAAAGGGCUCCCUCUUCCCUCAAAGUUCAGGACCUCCAAGCUGGCUGCAGCGUUGUGCCUUCAAGCAAUCAUUGACUGCAUUGUGGGCUGGCCACAGUGUCGGUGGCCUGCCUUCAUUUUUAGCUUGUUUCUUGCCAGAAUCUCCCUCCCCCACCAUGUUCUGCUGAGGUGGCUGCAAGUGGGGUGUGUGUGGGGGGGCACAGAAGGCAAAGCAUCUUCAGCAUACCUCCCCUAAGUUGUUCCUCUCUCAGAAUGUUUGAUUGACAAAACAAAAACAACCUGAUAGUUGGCUGCAUGGUAUAUAAACGUCUAACUUUUUGCCUGUUGAGUUUGGCAACAUAACACAUUUCAUUGCCAAAAAGGGGUUUUGUUAACCUCAUGUUGCCCUUCACAGAAGCACAUUCAGCCGCUCUGAAGCCCAGUACCUGCAGUUGCUCAUAGCCUUUUGGUGGUCAUCCACCUCAGGCAGGUUCUGUUGUUACUGUUGCUGGCAGUUUCCUCUGGGAAAGAGGAGGAAUUGAUCCACAGUCCUUUUGAAUUGGGGAGUGUUGUAAAGGAAGGGAGUGGAAAAUAAAGAGAGAGAGCUCUAUUUUUGUAACUUUUAAACUUGAUUAAAAGCCUUCCCAAGCAGUUGUGCAUAAUACUGAGGCAUUACUAGCCAGGGGCGCAAUAAUCAAAGUUGGUCCACAGCUUUUCAGGCAGCCUGAACCAUUGUUGCAUCAUUGUCAACAUGUUCAAUACAUAUCUGCCAGGAGGCCCUUGGUCCUUCCUUGGAAUGGGAUGGAUAGGACAAGGCAGGCUUAGCCCAGGGCCGAUGAGGGAAAUCCUUUCCCCGUGUGGCAAAAGUGGGAAGUACAGAAGUGGUGGCAGCUACUGUUGAGUCCUUGUGUUUUUUUGUUUUAAACUCCCUGUCACGUUGCUUCAGCAUGUGGCUUGGGGUGAACAAAUGCAAAAAUGGGGAAAAAGGGAAAGCUGCAGGGCUACUGAGUCUGCAAGGGAGAACUGGAGAGUACUUUGUGCCUCUCAUUGGGAGUGCCAAAGUCUCCCAUGCUAGAGAAGUUGUGCUGUUGGAGAGAUGCUUGCAAACAAUCAUGCACUUCAUUCUAACCAAACAGGAAGUGGUAAGGGGAAGGAGUGUUUCAUCCUUUCCACAGGAAAACAAGGAGUAUCUUGCAGCAAACAGCUUUGUGGUUUUGCCCCCAAGGGCCAGCUGUGGAGCAAGGAGGCUGCAGACUUUUUAGAGGAAAGGAAGCAGCUACUGUAAUUUUUUUCUUUCAUUUUUUUAAUUAAAAGAAACAAAAAACAAAAGAAGCCUUGAAAAAAAAGACUUUAUUUUUCUAAGUGUUAAACUCAGUAUUUAUGUAAUUCUUAAAGGAAUUAAAGUCUGGCUCCUGUACAGUUUUCAUGGGGUUUGUACUGGGUGGGGUGGGAUAAGAAAUGGGCCAUGGAAGGGUGGGGAGGGGAAAAGGAGAGGAAAAGGGGCCUUUGUAUUGUAACCUUUUGAAAUUAUUUCCAUGAACAUUAGCGUUUAAACUAGUCUCCUGUUUCAAGCUCCUGGAUAUGGCUUGGUGGGAGGGUUGAACCAAUGUGGGAAGGAAGUUGUAGAUUUGCAUUGGCUGGUUUGCUUCGGUCAGCAAAACUGAAACACUCAAGCCUAACCCCUGUUUGCAUCAACCUCUGUAUGUUUAGUAGCAAUUCUCUGGCAUCCAUGAGAGAAAGAGAGGCAGAUGGAAGGUGCCAAAGCAUCCUUUUGGCAACCCCCCCCUUUCCCCCCUCCAAGCAUGAUCAGGCCACAAAACCUCUGAACUUUACAAAAAUGCUCUUCUCAUUUGGCAGAGAAGGCAGUACAGGAGUGGUGGUGGCUACUGUUGAAUUGAUGUGCUUUCUGAAAACUGGUGUUGCUUCAUCAUGUGGCUUGAGCAAAUGAAAACAACAACAAAAAGUGUUUAACAAUUCUACUGUUGCCUGACAGUGUUCCUGUGCAAUGAUUUAAAGAUCAUUAUUUACACACUUCUGCAUUCUUACAAGUGCAACCCAAAUUCAGUUCUGCUUGCCUGCCCGCCCUGCAGGCUGCAACAUCUCCAUAGAACUGGGAAAUUAAUACUGUGGUUGUGAUUUGAGCUGAACAAUCUCUCCUUCCAUCAUUAAAAUAUUUUCUCCUGAAAAUACAUAGAUGCCAGAAAUCAGGGUUUUUAAAACCCCGUUUCCAUUGCAGAGCUUUAUGUUUCAGUCUUUUUGAUGAGUGUUUGGAUUCAAAGAAACAUGGCAUCUUGAGCAAAUACAGAGCAUUUUUACCAAGUAAUAGUUUAUCACUGUGUAUAUUGGAACUAUUUUGUUAAACUAGUGAUCUCUAUCAAUCUGUCAAAUUAUGAGAAUUUCACUACACCUGUGUAUUGAAUCAGAAAUCUUGGGUGGCAGGAGAUGAGUAAAAUUUUCCACAUGACAGGUUGAUAUAACAUUCAAUCAAUUCCCAAGCAUGUGGGUAAGCGUGUUCCUUGGUAAAUAGGCAAAAUGUCUUCACGCAGUGUGGAAUGAAAAAGCAUGAAGGAAAACUACAUUGAGUGUGCAAUCCUUUUGUUUCAAGAGGAAAUCUUAUGAAAUAUUAUAGUGAUGCUAUUUGAGACAGAGGUGUACUGUCAAAGCAGUAAUUCUCUAAUCAUCAUGUUGCCAACAUGGUGAUCUCUGCCAAGUGUAGCAUCUGUGUUCUGCUCUGAAUUUCUCUGCAGACCUUCUUUUGACUUCCAGGGCUGCAGAUCUUGCUUUGGGAAGUCCUCCACCUCAGUCAGGAAGUUGCGCUCCUUCAAUAAAGUACCUGCAGAAUAAACGCUAAUGUUGCAUGUAAUUUAAAGUGUUGACUUGUAAGAACACUUAUCAGGGAAGAAAUGGCAUUUAUUGUGUGGUGAUCUUUUUUUAGUUCACUUUACAGAUUGUUUGGGGGGGGGUUGUGUGUGUGCGUGUGUGUGCGUUCGUGUGAGUGUGGGGUUUGUUAAUUUCCAGGGUUGUGUUUCUGGAAGGAUGUGACAGUAAUCGCAGUACUAUGUACAGAGCUUUCUUUUGUAUUAAAAAAAUACUCUUUCAAUAAAUGUAUCAUUUUGUGCACAGA